AUGUCGCAGACCAUUACCGAGACGCACCAUACGCCGUUUGGUGUGGAGGCGUACAAUCUCAGUCGCUUGAGCUCCAGCCAUGGCCGCCCCCUUGGUGACGAGUCAGCUAAAAAGGACGGCCAGGAGGAGCAUCAGAGCAUCGACUCCAGAGGCGGCGACAUCACCCCACCCGCAGAUGCCCACAGCGAGCUCGAGAGAUGGAACUCGCCCAAGGCCAAUAUGGGCAGACUUGGUUUCGCCUUUGUGUCUUUUAUCAUCGCUGGCAUGAACGAUGCAGCAGUUGGUGCUUUGAUUCCAUACCUUGAAAAAUACUACGACCUCAGCUACACCGUCGUCUCCCUCAUCUUCUUGACCCCAUUUGCCGGCUACUCUGUCGCUGCCUUCACCAAUGCCCGUAUCCACCAGAAGUUCGGCCAACGUGGCGUCGCCAUCAUGGCACCGUUAUGCCACAUCAUUACCUACGUCGUCCUGGCCAUUCAUCCACCUUACCCAGCACUUGUGGUGGUCAACAUCAUCAGUGGAUUUGGUAAUGGAUUGACUGACGCGUGCUUUUGUGCCUGGAUCGGCGGCAUGGACAAAGCCAACACAAUCCAGGGUUUCCUGCAUUCGUUUUACUCUGUCGGCGCUCUCAUCGCGCCUCUGAUUGCCACGUCCAUGGUUGUCACCGCUAAUUUGCCUUGGUACAACUACUACUAUUUCAUGGUCGGCAUGUCUGUCUUAGAACUGGUUGGCCUCACUGUCUUCUUCUGGCAGAAGACAGGCGCCGUUUACCGGGCCGAGCACGCACAUGAAGAUCAAGAAGGUGGUGCAGGCACCAGGGUUGCUCUUAAAUCAAAGGUGACAUGGCUGUGCUCACUCUUUUUCUUCGCCUACAUGGGUGUUGAAGUUGGUCUCGGUGGCUGGAUCGUCACCUUCAUGCUACGCGUCCGCAAUGCAUCAGCCUAUGCCUCCGGUAUCUCUGCCACUGGAUUCUGGGCGGGUCAAGCUCUCGGUCGAGCGGGUUUGGGCUUCAUAACCGAACGCUUCGGCGAGAGACUGUGCAUCACCGUCUAUUUGGGUCUUUGCGUCGGACUACAGCUGUUGUUUUGGCUGGUCCCGCAGUUUAUCGUUUCUGCUGUCGCUGUUGCUUUCUUGGGUGUCUUCCUGGGGCCACUGUUCCCUGGUGCUGUGAUGCUCACGGCCAAGCUUCUCCCCAAGCAUAUCCACGUGAGUGCUAUUGGGUUCGCCAUGGCCAUCGGUGGCACUGGUGGAACGGUUUUCCCCUUUAUUAUUGGUGCCAUCGCAACUAGCAAGGGUGUUGGCGUCCUGCAACCCAUCAUCCUGGCACUUAUUGUUGUCGUCGCCCUUGUAUGGCUUUCCUUCCCGCGCAUACAGAAGAAGGACUGA